AUGACCGGCAGCAUCGAAGGACUGGAGAGGUUUGACAGCCCGGGGAAGGGACGAGGGCUCCGGGUAACCAGACCAUUUGAGGUUGGAGAGCUCCUGUUUUCCUGCCCUGCCUACUCCCACGUGCUGUCAGUGAAAGAGAGAGGCUGCUACUGCGAGUUCUGCUUCACCAGGACACAGCAUUUGGCAAGAUGUGGGAAGUGCAAGAAAGCCUUCUACUGCAAUGUGAAAUGUCAGAAAGGGGACUGGGCCAUGCACAAGCUGGAGUGUUCAGCAAUGGUUGCUUUUGGAGAGAACUGGUGCCCGUCAGAGAUAUCCAGGCUGGUGGCGCGAAUCCUUGCAAAGAAGAAAAUGCAGAAAGAACGAUGUGUUUGUGAGAAGAUGUUGCUCAUAGGAGAGAUGCAAUCACACACAGAGGACGAAGAUAAUGAGAAAAGAGAGAUGACCCAGGCAGACAUUGCCAGAUUGCAUCGCUUUUACUCCAAACAUUUGGAUGUGCCGGACCACAAAGAACUACUCACGCUCUUCUCCCAGGUUGCCUGCAAUGGUUUCACUAUAGAGGAUGAUGAACUUUCCCACUUGGGUACUGCAGUCUAUCCAGACAUGGCCCUGAUAAACCACAGCUGCCUUCCCAGCGUCAUAGUCACGUACAAAGGGACAUCAGCUGAAGUUCGGGCGGUGCAGGACAUGAAACCUGGAGAUGAAGUGCUUAUCAGCUACAUAGACCUCCUCUACCCAACAGAUGACCGCAACAACAGGCUGAGAGAGUCCUAUUACUUUAUCUGUGACUGCCAGGAAUGUAAAAGCAAGUCAAAGGACAAGGCAAAGUUAAAAGUACGUAAGCAGAGGGAUUCCAUUGAGCCAGAUGUCAUCAACAACAUGGUUCGCUACGCCCGGAAAACUAUCAAAGAGUUCCGGGAAUUCAAACACGCAAAGACCCCUAGUGAGUUGCUGGAGAUGUGCGAGCAGAGCCUGGAGGAAAUGGGAGCCGUGUUUGAUGACUCCAAUGUGUACAUGCUCCACAUGAUGUACCAAGCCAUGGGGAUUUGCAUGUACAUGCAAGAUCUAGAUGGAGCUAUCAGAUAUGGCGAGAAGCUUCUCAAACCUUACAGCCAUCUCUAUCCACCUUACUCACUUAAUGUGUCGUCCGUCUACCUGAAACUGGGUCGACUGUACUUGGGCCUAGAGAGGCAUUCAGCGUGCACCAGCGCUCUCAAGAAGGCAAUGGCUAUAAUGGAGGUGGCUCAUGGGAAGGAUCACUUUUACAUUGAAGAGCUGUGUAAAAUGAUAGCACAAAAAUAA